ACGCACAGUGCUGCAUUCUCUCACAAACCUGCGAACGGAACGGACGGAACCGGAUAGCGAACUCGUUGUGCGGACGGGAUCGGACUUUCCUCCGUUCGAUUGCCAGGGAGGUCUUAAACCGUGAUCUGGUAUUGCUAGUUCGUUACAAACCAGAAAAAAGUGUUAGCCUAAGCUAGUGUUAGUACUGUUGGCGCGCGUGUGGUUAAGCAAACAAAAAAAACAUUGUUGAAAUAAUGUAAGAGUAAGAGUGUUCCCGUGCCAUCAUUAGCACUGCCCGCAUAAUACAGUCUGUGAAAGCAUACUCCGUCUACGAUCAACCAAUUUGUUCCAAUUUGUGGGUGCCAGCCCGGUAAUUGACUGUUAGAAAUCGCCCAUACAACAACCAAGAGACAGCUGCUGUAUACAAUCAACAGUACGCCAUCGUGCCGGGUGACAAAGGAUCUUGCUGCAACCAUCAACAUGCGAUCGUUAGUGAGAGCACUGACGAUUCUAGUGGUCCUGCCGGCGGGCCUGAUGUCGACAUGGGGCAAAGCGCAGGGAGAAUUAUUCAGCCCGGCUAUGAUCGCGUCCUCCAUCGCGUCUAAGGUGCUCUGGCGUAUAGUGCUGGAUGUGGGCUUGCUAGAAUCCGGCAUUAAUCAAUCAAACCCGCUGAAUCUCGACCGGAGUCUGCAGAUUAUGCACCAAAUUAGCACACUAUCGAACGAGCUGCGAGAAAGCCAAGCUAGCAUGACAGAAAUCUUAGGCCACCGUAUGUGCGAUGUGGUGGAGAACUUCAGUUAUCGCAACCGGUUCGCCGACAGACUGAACAGUAUUUCCAGGAUAAUGAGUCGAAUUGAUCGGCUGGAAUUGAGGAUGAAUAAAGUUCUUCAGGAAGACUCACCGGUCGAGCAGCUAACACUUACCCAGUUUGCUCAGGCCACGAUCGAUCUCAGCAAUCCGAGCAGCGUGAUAGAGCAGCUACACAAGCUCGAAACGGAAGUCACCGGUAGUAGCUUUGGUUUGGUUAUGGCCGAAGGACAGGACAUCUUCACACAACUCAACAUGAUGGCGAACAGUGUCAUCUGUAGUUAUGGAUUGUCACCCCAACAGAUGAUCUACCUGCUGUACAAAUCGAUCGCAAUGACCGAACUGAAGGGUUACAUCAUGAUGCAGUUCUCCUAUAUGCUGCUGAAGACGCAGGGCAAAGGUAACUUUACCACGGAGUCCAAGGAUCGUCGUAAUGAGGUGCGCGCACGACUCGCCCGUACACAACAGCUGCUACAGAGCGUUAUGCGACAGACGAGCGGCGAGUACUGGCGUUGCGACCCAGAUCGAGGCUCCCACCGGGAGAACACAACCUACGUCCAGUUCACCCGGCUGCUGCAAGGCUACAUUGAGAACGAAGUUGACAUGAACACAGACGAGACGUGUCGGGAAACGUGCGAUCACUAUCAGUACGGUCACGAGCAGCACCACUGCUAUAAGGAGCUGUAUUGUUCGAAGCAGACGAAAUGUGCCGGUCGCAUCUACGACUGCGAGUACAUCGAUUCGGACAUGUGGAUCUGUCCGGCGGCACCGGGAAGCCAACGGCGCUACGAGUACAUCGAGUACGAAAAUGGUGAGAUACGCGGCCGUAAGCAGCACUGUCCACGUGGCACGAGCAAAGUCGACUCCUGGUGGCGUUGGCUUUUCUGGCACUGUAGCUACUGCUUCUGUCUGUGCGAUGACGCAGGUCGUCAUUCCGACCGGUACGUCAGUCUGCGGGAAUCCGUCUCGGACAUUACUCAAAAUCGCGUUGUGACAGGAUUACGCUUUGUCAAGCGUAGACAGAUGAUGCAUUUGAUCGUGCAGCAGGGUUUGCUGCUGCCGGGAGGUGAUAUCGACAAUAGUACGCUCGAGUGGGUAGCGCCCAACCCUUUCAGCCACACGGACAAAGGUGUGCGCGAUGGACGAGACUAUCACACGCUGUCGUACGAUCGACGUGCAGUCGAUCUGGAUGAUGUACAUGUGCAUCCCGGGUAUGUGUUGACUGGCGUACGCUUCCGUACGCUCGGUGCACAUCUGAACCUAGAAAUUCGCAUGACCGAGAUGAACUUCACAUCCGGCACAUUGGUCGAUCCAAACCAAAGCAUCUGGAUCGGGAACGAUGAAACAGUCCGAACGGAAAUUCCCUUACGUUACAUGGACGUGCCAACGCUAGCGCCAUCGAAAUCGACACCAACUUCAACCAGCGGUCAAUACCUGCGUCUCGGACCGUCCGGUGGGCGAGUGGAUGCGGCACAAACUACCAUCCCGUUCCUGGAUGCGCAACCAGUCUCCCCACUGCUACCGAUACCAUUAGCCGGUGCAGGACUGAUGCACAAAAGCAUCCCCAAGUACGGUGGCUUCAUCGCACCGAGGGUGUUUACCUACGACUUUGGACCACACAUUCAGGUGCCGACCGAUGAUUGGCUUGCCGCGGAAGAGGAAGCACGCAACGUCAACCAAGGCUAGUAGUGUGCGGAACUGCCUCCCAAAAAAGGAAGAAGAAGAUCAAUGUCGAAUACCACUCACACCAAUAUCUUCAGCUUCAGUGUCGGACGUACUGCUUGGAUCGGUAUCGGGUGUAAAAAAUUACUAUCGAACGCGCAUAUCGAUUGGAUACUUAUAGAGAACCAAACAUGCUGUUCUCCAAUUUCUGUUGGAGCGUAUCAUUAUUAAAUUGUAUGUAACCAUGUAACGAAUAAAAAGGCGAACUACACGCUUGUACGCUGCUAACUGUGGAAUUGAUUAAUACGUCAACCAAUAAAGUCAAACACUAACGAAA